AUGGCCCAGUCUCCGAUGUUCCCCCGUCUGACCAAGUGCACAUUCUAUCGAUACGGGGCUGGAGGAAGUCUGGAGCGAUACGACGCCCUGUGCGUGCUCAGCAUCAACGUCGUCAACGACAAGAUCUACCUCACCGUCUGGUUCUGGUACAUCGUCCUUCUCGUACUGGGCAGCCUGCUGCUGCUGUACAGGCUAGUCACCCUGUGCUCGCCAAAGCUGCGCUUCCGGCUCCUGCAGGCUCGCGGCAGCAAGUAUGGCGCCGAUCCGGCGAUCGAUGACGUCACCAGGCAGUGUAGCUACGGUGACUGGUAUCUGCUCAGGACGCUGAGCAGGAACAUGAGCGCUCCCGUGUUCUCCAGCGUCAUCAAACAGCUGGCCCUGCAGCUGCCGCGUAACAGGACGUCCAACGAAGUCAAAGUAUGACAUCAUC